AUGGCUGAGCAGAAACAAAAGGUCAUCAUCAUCGGAAGUGGUUGGGGUGGCUAUCGACUGGGCUACGGUAUUGAUCAUAGAAAAUAUGACAUUACCGUCAUCUCGCCAGAGAACACAUCUGCAGUAACUCCACUGUUGGCAAGUGCUGCUUGUGGACUGUUUGACCCUCGACUGGCGCAUGAGCCCCUCCGACGAAGGGACUUUCAUGCAAAGUAUAUCAAGGCUUUUGUCAUCGACAUUGAUUUCAAAAUUCAAACACUUAUAUGUCAGCCUGCAUUCGAUCAGCUAAAGGACGAGCGUUUUACUGUCAACUAUGACAAGGUUAUUCUUACACCAGGCUGUCGCAGCAACACAUUCGGUAUCCCUGGCGUAUCAGAGAAUGCCAUCUUCGUCAAGAAUGUCGCCAAUGCGAACAUGGUUCGUAGCCGAUUGAACGAGAUCCUUGAAAUGGCUUCGUUGCCAGGGACAUCAAAAGACCGCCAGAGGCAACUACUGCAUGUGGCCAUUGUUGGCGGAGGUCCUACCGGUAUCGAGGUAGCGGCUGAGUUGACAGAUUUGUUCGAUGGAGACAUUCUGGCGCCAUUCGAUCAAAAACUGGCAGAAUAUGCGACUAGCGCCCUUACAACCGGCAAAGUCAAUAUCAAAACGAACACUCACAUCCUCAAAGUUACCCCAGAUACAAUUGAAACUAAGGAGGAAGGGGCUACCGGUUAUGGGAUGCUCAUUUGGGCUACUGGAAAUAAAUCCAUUCCGCUGGUUGACAACCUGAACGUUCGAAAGACUGAGCAAGGCCUGAGACGAAUUUUAACAGAUGACCAUCUCAAUACUUUUGCACCGGAUGGCAGUAUCAUGCAAAAUGUAUUUGCGAUGGGAGAUGCGGCAGAUAUCGAAGAUGGGACCUUACCAACAACAGCCGAAGUUGCGAUUCAAAAAGCGGAUUAUAUCAUCAAGGUUUUGAAUCAGAACUAUAAGGCUCCAUUUGAAUACAAGCAGCGCUCACUAGUCACAUACACAGGAAGAUGGGACGGCGUAGUCCAGGGCAAACGUGAAUAUACAGGCUACGGAGCGUGGUUGAGUUGGAGAUCUGGCAAUUUCUUCUGGACGCGAUCAUGGCGGAGAAAAAUCCUGAUGGGAUACGCAUGGUUCAUGGACUGGUUGGAUGGAAGAGAGAUCAUUCGCAAUUAG